AUGUCGACCGUCACGGCGUUGUCUGGAUCUUUUGCUUCCAGGUCAUCGGAUCUGUCCCAAAGCCACCAGUUUCGGCCUCUGCCUCAGUCCUUCACAUCCUCUUCCGUGUCGCUCAGAGGCAAGGCGGCCGCGACCCCGGUGACGUGUACAGCGACCGCGCCUGACACCAAGGCGGCGGCUGCCACGUCGGACGAGAGCCGCGUGUAUAACUUCUCCGCUGGACCCGCAACGCUGCCGCGCAACGUGCUGGAGAAGGCUCAGGCAGAGCUCGUCGACUGGAAUGGCAGCGGCAUGAGCGUGAUGGAGAUGAGUCACCGCGGCAAGGAGUACCUGUCCAUCAUCCGCAAGGCGGAGGCGGAUCUGCGCGCGCUGCUCGCCAUCCCCGACUCCUACGCCGUGCUCUUCCUGCAGGGCGGCGCCUCCUCGCAGUUCUCCGCCAUCCCGCUCAACCUCUGCGCGCCCGACGACACCGCGGACUACGUCGUCACGGGCUCCUGGGGCGACAAGGCGUACAAGGAGGCGGGGAAAUACUGCAAGACAAAUCUCGCCGCUACGGGAAAGCCCGGGAAGUACACGGACAUUCCGCCGCCUUCCGAAUGGAAGCUGACCAAGGGCGCUAAGUACGUGCAUAUCUGCUCCAACGAGACGAUCCAGGGGGUGGAGUUUAAGGGGUAUGACGAGGUGGUGGCGGCGAUUAAGGAGGGGUGCGGCGAGGACACGGUGUUGGUAGCGGACAUGUCGUCGCACUUCUGUUCCUGCCCCGUGGACGUGUCCAAGUUCGGCGUGAUCUACGCGGGCGCGCAGAAGAACGUGGGGCCGUCCGGCACGACGGUUGUGAUUAUAAGGAAGGAUCUGCUGGGCCACGCGCAGCCGUCGACGCCCGUGAUGAUGGACUACGCGAUUCACGCGGAGAACGAGUCCAUGUACAACACGCCGCCGUGCUACCCCAUCUACAUGUGCGGCCUCGUGUUCGCGGAUCUGCUGGAGCAGGGCGGGCUGGCGGGCGUGCAGAAGCGCAACGAGGACAAGGCGGCGCUGCUCUACGAUGCCAUUGACAGCAGCAACGGGUUCUUCAAGUGCCCGGUAGCCCCAGCAGUGCGGUCACUGAUGAACGUGCCCUUCACCAUGGCCACGCCAGAGCUGGAGGCAGAGUUCCUCAAGGCCGCCGCCGCGCAGCACAUGGUGCAGCUCAAGGGCCACCGCAGCGUGGGCGGCGUGCGUGCGUCCAUCUACAACGCCAUGCCGCGUGCUGGCGUGGAGAAGCUGGUCAAGCUCAUGAAGGACUUCCAGGCUGCUCACUAG